AGAGCGAGGGGGGCGGUGGGGGGGGGGGAAACCAACAACAACUCUAUGGUGAUUUUGCGGGCUUCUUCGGAGCUGCUCUGGUCUGGAGCUCGGCUGCAGCUGCAACAACGGCGGCGGCAGGAGCGGCACCCCCGCGUCCACCCCGAAGGCGGCGGCAGCUGCAGCAGCAGCAGAAGGAGGAACGGCAUGGACUCCCGCCCGGCCCCGCUGCCUCGCGCUACCCCCUGGCGCUCCCUGCCUUGCCCGCGCGCCCAACUCCGCCUCGACCUGGUGCUCUGUGGCGGGCAGACCUUCCGGUGGUCCGAAACCAGCCCUGGCUACUGGACUGGUGUGUUGGCAGGCCGUGUCUGGACCCUCACCCAGUCAGAAGAACAGCUCUGGUACACGCUUCAUGAAGAGGAGAAGGAGGAUGGCAGCAGAGAAGAAGACAGCCUCUCUGAGCCACCGCUGAAGAAAGGCAGGAAGCAGGCACAGCCCGAAGCCUUCCGCGCUGGUACCAGCGAGCGCCCGGGCGGCCAUUUGUCAGGAGAGCUGGUCCGGGGGACGGAUGGGCUGACUCCCUCGCAGAUCCUCCAGGAUUAUUUCCAGCUGCACGUCAACUUGUCUGCGUUGUACCAGGGCUGGUCCUAUGUGGACUCUCACUUCCGAGAAGUGGCCAUCAAGUUCCCAGGGGUGCGGGUGCUGCGACAGGACCCCGUAGAAUGCCUCUUCUCCUUCAUCUGCACCUCCAACAACCACUUGUCGCGCAUCACCAACAUGAUCCAGCAUCUCUGCCAGGUCUUUGGGCGCCGCCUCUGUCAGCUGGACACCAAGACGUACCACGCAUUCCCUUCGCUGCAGGCAAUGGCAGGAGCAGACACAGAAGCCCGGCUGCGGGACCUUGGUUUCGGAUAUCGGGCGAGGUUUGUUAGCGAGAGUGCCCGCGCUGUUCUGAAGACGCUUGGUGGGGCUGCUGGCCUGCAGCAGUUGAGAGCCGUUCCUUAUGAACAGGCUCGACACGCCUUGUGUACGCUGCCUGGAGUGGGAGCCAAGGUGGCCGACUGCGUGUGUCUCAUGUCUCUGGACAAGACGGAGGCCGUGCCGGUGGACACCCAUAUAUGGCAGGUUGCCAAGCGCUACUACGGCCAGGAGCUCGGCAUGGGGGCCCGCAGUGUGACCGAGCGGGUGCACCGAGAGAUCGGGAACUUCUUCCGGAGCCUGUGGGGACCAUAUGCUGGAUGGGCACAAGCGGUCCUUUUUUGCGCCGAUCUACGAAAGUACCAGGAAUCUUCCGAUCCGGAUGCCAAGCACCGCUGUGUCAAAGUUGCCAGGAGCACCCUUCCCACCUUGACGUCAUAACCUCUCCCACAGCCUCCUGUUUUGUGUGCCUGGCUUGGGCAAGUAAGAAAAACCAUUUCCUCUACAGGUCUGGAGAGGCACAGGAACAUCCACACCGAGAACAGGGGCUGCCAGAGAGAGAGGCAGGCAGGUGUGCUGUGGAGCUCUCCUCUUAGUUAAACUGCUGUUGUCUUUUUCCACCAGGGGUCUCCUGUGGUGGCUGUAAGCUUGAUGUGUAACCGCAAUGUAUUAUAGAAUAGAAUCCUCCUUUUUUGUUUUGUUUUGUUCCUGUGGCUUUGGUCAUUUGCUUUGGCUUUGGGGUACAGUAUUAAGUGUGGCGUAGGCCAGUUUCUCAGUUCAGGCCAAUUCAGAGGCCCUCCUUAUCAGAACCAGGGUCUUGGUUCUAUAGACCUAGACCUAGGAGUUACCUCACUUCAAAAAGUAUUUCUACACAUAAUGGAUGUGUGACAGGUAGACUUGAAGGCCACCUGCUGAGGGCUGGAGUCUCAUCGAUAUCUGUGAUCUUGUUGACAUUGGGUGGGGAGUUAGCUGGUGGCGGUUUUCCCAGAUCCCACCAUGCUUAGCAAUUUCGGUGGGUCCUAUUAAACUUUAAUCUAGGUGUGGUUUAAAAGUUAGGCUAGAGUGUCCUUUGAAAUGAGAAGAUUUUAAGUCGUGUGUAUGCGCGCGCAAGGGAGCAGAGAUCACGCUUUUAACUCCACGGCGCUCUCAUUUUGUACGUAACUUGUAAAUGUACAUGUUUGUAUAUACAUACAUACAACGGUGUCUUUGUGCAUGUGCCCUGCGACGGCAAAACCCUCGCCGCUGGUUGGAUUAAGGAAUUCCCACUGUUUGCCGGACAUCAGCUUGUGCAGCAAAAUACACUUUCACUCUGCUGGGCCUGAGGAACAAGUUUGUAAUGAACUCAAGUCCCCUUGCUUUCAGAGGGACCAAGGCUGAAAUUGCAGGCAUGCUUACCCAGGAGUAAGCCCCACUGAACCCAAUGGGAUUUACUUCUGAGUAGAGGCAUACAAUUGUGUGGCUCAUCGGGACCGGUUUUAGUUGAACUGGGGUUAUUGUGCUUUGCUGGUGAUCAGCUUUCUAGGGAGAGGACUAGACACCCGCUGUCAAGGUGGGGAUAGCGGAGAACACCAGGUUGUUUGCUGGUAUUCCAGACACUAAAAAUGGCUGCCAUUUGGGCUGAAGCCCAGCCCAAGAAGCUCCCCUCUUGCCUCCCUUCUGGCUUCAUAUUAUAUUCCCCAUUCCAACCACUGAAGAAGUACCUUCUGGCCUUGAAAAGCAGGCCGUCUUCCCCCUCCCAAUCUAUAUGCAUCCAUAAACAUCUACCAACACAUUCACCCCUCUGGCUUUUGCAUCAACAUAGUCUCCAGCUGAAGGAACGUUUGUCUUGUUUAUUUAACAGGCCCAAAUUGAGUUUUCUUCCUUUAUUCUAGUCUGGGCUUUUAAUUCACCUCAUUUUUUUUCUGCUCGAACCUAAAACCUCUUGUUGUAUUAAAUAUUAUUAUCCCUUUUCUCUUCCUUCCACUAAUAUGGAAUGUUGUUCCUGAAUACAUUCACUGCAGCUCAAUAUGUUAUCUUUUUUAACAUCUUUGUCUUUCUUUCUUAAGUGUCCUUUUCCCUCAAUUUUUUUGUUUGUUUGUUUUGGUAAAACAUCCUCCAUUUCUAUAGUGGAGUUUAAAAUUAUAUUUUGUAACCUGUACCGUGAGAAUGCUCUAUGGUCAGAGCUAAGCCCUUUAAAAUCCCGCUGAUUUCACUGGGAGAGACUUAAGCGUGCUUGUUUCUUCCCCAUCAAAAUCCAUAGGAUUUGAAAAGCUGGCUCACGGGCCUGUGUUUUUGUUUUUUUUAAUCAUCCAGCAAUUUGACCUACCGUUCCCUAUACCAACCCCUGCCUUUUUCGUCUUGACUAUUUCUAGAUUGUAAGCUGCUUUGGGCAGAGACCUAUUUAUUUCUACCCUUUUAUAAAGUGCUUAGCUGACUUCGAGGUGCUGUAACGAUAACAAUAAACAAGUUGUGUCCUCCUAAAA